UAUUUCUUAUGAUAUGUUCAUAGAACCUACAUUCUUUUUUAUGAUAUCGAAUUUAAAAUUAUAUCUUGCAAUUGGAAUUUUAUAAAUAAAAUGAUUCCUCGGGUAUUCGUUGAUUCCAUUCUUCUCAUCUAUGGAGCAAUCUUACCCCUUCAUGGAUCUCUCAAAGCACUUAAAUCUGAAAAUCAAAUGGACAUUUCAAAAUGGCUACUACACUGGAUAUUAUUUGCAAUGUUUCUCGUCUGCCUUAGUCUGACAGAUAUUGUUUUUCGAUUUUGGUUCCCACUUUACAAUGACAUUGUUCUCAUCAUUUUCUUCUGGCUUACAUCAUCAAAGCUAUCUGGUGUGGAAUGUUUAUAUCAAUGGUACUUGAGGCCAAUCUUCAACGAGUAUGAGGAAACAAUUGACGAAAUUAUAGAAACUCUCCCUUCAAGAAUUCUAAAUACCACUGUUACGCUAUCUUCCAUUACAAUGGAUUUUGCUGUCGAAUUUGCCGCUGAAAAUAUUAAAAACAGCAAUUCUCCAACCUUAGUAUGUCUUCAGAACUUGCUAAAUUUUAAAAACGAAUAUUGCUUUAGAGCAAAGAAGCAAGCAGAAAGUCAGCUAAAGAUUAAUCAUGAAGAAGACCGUUGCUUAGGAGCAAGGAAGCAAGUGGAAAGUCAGCCAAAUAUUAAUCCUGAAGAAGAUCGUUGCUUAAGAGGAACGAAACAAGUGGAGAGUCAGCCAAAUAUCAAUCAAGAAGAAUGUCGUUGCUUAAGGGGAACGGAACAAGUGGAAAGUCAGCCAAAUAUUAAUCCUGAAGAAGAUUGUUGCACAGGAGCAAAAAAACAAGUAGAUAGUAAGCCGAAUAUUGAUCCUGAAGAAUAUUGCUUAGAAACAAGGAUAAAAUUGGAAAGGAAAAAUUUAUAGAGUUUUUAUGCACGGUUAAGACGAGAAUAUCGAAAAGGAAAAUGGCAAAACUUUAGAAAAAAAUUCUUAAAUGAUUAAAUAUUUGCCAAAAACGAACAAUAUUUUUAAUAAUCUGAAAUUUCGCCAAAAAUCUGUGCAAUUAAAAAAAACAUAAAAUUUAUUAAUAACAUAAAGGAAAUUGUGGCAAAAGUGUUCCACAUAGCCAUCAAAAAUUACUAUCUCCGAAAUUAUGUUUAAAUUGAAUUAAAAUUGCUUGCCCAUUACAGAAAACUAGAUGGAUUCUCCAUGAGUUUUGUUUUAUCAUGUUUUGAUUGAACCAUGCCAAAAUCUAUCAGUAGAUGUGUUAAAUUUUGAACUUGUUAAAAUUCAAUUUGUAAAAUUUUACUA